CUUCUCGGAGCUACUGGGAACCCGCAGCCCUUUCUCUUCAGUUUGCUUCAGUCCCGCAUUGCACCGGAGCGGCAGGUGCUGGGACGUCUGAAGGAGCGCCUGGUGCCCAAGGACUCGCGUUCGUAGAAUGGGCGGGGCCUCGAGGGAGCGCUCUGCGAACUGACCUGGGGAACCGACGUACCCGUUGUGUUUGUGAAACGGAGAAAUCUAGGCGGCCAUGGUCCAACCCUGAAGGCUUAUCAGGAGGGCGGACUUCAAAAUCUACUGAAAAUGAAUGGCUCCGAGGAUCUCCCCGAGUCCUAUGACUAUGACCUCAUCAUCGUGGGAGGGGGCUCAGGAGGACUGGCGGCUGCUAAGGAGGCAGCCAAAUAUAACAAGAAAGUGAUGGUCCUGGAUUUUGUCACUCCAACCCCUCUUGGAACAACGUGGGGUCUCGGAGGAACAUGUGUGAAUGUGGGUUGCAUACCUAAAAAACUGAUGCACCAAGCAGCUUUGUUAGGACAAGCUCUCCGAGACUCCCGAAACUAUGGGUGGAACGUCGAGGAGAUAGUGAAACAUGACUGGGAGAGAAUGACAGAAGCUAUCCAGAAUCACAUUGGCUCUCUGAACUGGGGCUACCGUGUGGCUCUGCGGGAGAAAAAGGUCACCUACGAGAACGCGUACGGCCAGUUUGUUGGGCCUCAUAGGAUUAAGGCAACAAACAACAAAGGCAAAGAGAAGAUUUAUUCUGCAGAGAGAUUUCUCAUUGCCACUGGUGAAAGGCCACGUUAUUUGGGUAUCCCUGGUGACAAAGAAUACUGCAUCAGCAGUGAUGAUCUGUUCUCUUUACCCUAUUGCCCGGGUAAGACCCUGGUGGUUGGAGCAUCCUACGUUGCUUUGGAAUGUGCUGGAUUUCUUGCUGGCAUUGGUUUAGAUGUCACUGUUAUGGUACGGUCCAUUCUCCUAAGAGGAUUUGACCAGGACAUGGCCAACAAAAUUGGUGAACAUAUGGAAGAACAUGGUAUCAAGUUUAUAAGACAGUUUGUACCAAUAAAAGUUGAACAAAUUGAAGCAGGGACACCAGGCCGACUCAGGGUGGUAGCUAAGUCCACUGAUAGUGACGUAACCAUCGAAGGAGAGUAUAAUACGGUAUUGCUGGCAAUAGGAAGAGAUGCUUGCACAAGGGAAAUUGGCUUAGAAAACGUGGGGGUAAAGUUAAAUGAACAGACUGGAAAAAUACCUGUCACAGAUGAAGAGCAGACCAGCGUGCCUUACAUCUAUGCCAUUGGCGAUGUGUUAGAGGGGAAGCUGGAGCUCACCCCAGUGGCAAUCCAGGCAGGAAGGUUGCUGGUGCAGAGGCUGUAUGGGGGCUCCGCUGUCAAGUGUGACUAUGAAAAUGUUCCAACGACCAUUUUCACUCCUUUGGAAUAUGGUGCUUGUGGUCUUUCUGAAGAGAAAGCUGUGGAGAAAUUCGGGGAAGAAAAUAUUGAGGUUUUCCAUAGUUACUUUUGGCCAUUGGAAUGGACGAUUCCAUCAAGAGAUAACAACAAAUGUUAUGCAAAAAUAGUCUGCAAUAUCAAAGACAGUGAACGUGUUGUGGGCUUCCACAUACUGGGUCCAAAUGCUGGAGAAGUUACCCAGGGCUUCGCAGCAGCUCUCAAGUGCGGGCUGACCAAAGACCAGCUGGACGGCACCAUCGGAAUCCACCCCGUCUGCGCAGAGGUAUUCACGACACUGUCGGUGACCAAGCGCUCGGGGGGAAACAUCCUCCAGACCGGUUGCUGAGGUUAAGCCCCAGUGUGGGUGCUGCUGCCAGGACUCCAAACCACUGACGUAUUUCUUGCCCAAGUCCAAGGCGAAGUUUGUGGAAGGCUCUCGGGCUUCAGCAGCCACGUGUCCUGUGCUUAUAGCCCCGAGGCCCCCUUGGAUCUCAUGGGCCGGAGGUGACGUGUGGGUGGCAGGCAGCAUCGCACUGGGGUCAGCAUGACGCACUCGAAACUGACUUUCGGCAGAGCUUCGCAGAGGGGCGUCCAUGAAGUCACCAGCCUCAAGCCCGCGCGGUGGGUGGUGAUGGAACCGUCGAAGCAGUUUUUGCAUGGCCUUUCCUUUGUAGGUUUUCUUAUUCUCACUGUCAACCUUUCUCAUGUUGGUUAUUUUUUUUUUUUUCUCCGCCGUGUUAGUGAAAGUAGAGAUGAUAGCAGACAAUUUUUAUCCAAAAGCAAGUCGUUAUCCAAAAGCAAGUCGUGGCCACCGUGUGCAAAUAAGGCGGCUCGUUGCUGGGACGGCACGCUGUGGCUCCUAGGCUUGUCCCGGGGAGAGAGCGUCUCCCCAAAACAAGUGGUCACCACUGGCCAGGUGUGCUCCCAGGCACUAUACCACCGAUGAUGAAAUGGCUACCUGGCCAGCCUGUUGGAGGAAUAUUCCACUGCAGGGAACUUGGUCGUACAGCGUGAUCUCCACUGUUCUUCAUCAUGGAGGCAGAUGCACAGCUGAAAUGGGGAAAAACAAUAAAUGUCUUUAUUUAGUC